GUUAUCUACCUGUCAUGUGACCAGACCCGGAAACGGUCGCUGUGCACGACGCACAGUAGGUCAGCUCGGCCCGGUUCGGUUCUGGGUCAAUGGACGAGUUCGUGCAGGCUGCAGAGGCUGACCUUUGACCUGUUACAGGCAGGCAGGCGCGCGUGUCAGACUGGGCGCGCGCUCUAAGGGUUUGAGGACGGACUCUCGGUGAGAGUUUGCGUGCUCCAUCAGCGCCGCCGCCACCGCCCCCCACCUCAGCAAAGCUCAGGUGUCAUGCCCGCCCUGACCAUGGCGGAGCCUGCAGUGGAUCAUCACAAGCGCUUUCAGACGGCCGUGGACGUCAUUCACAACCUCCCCAAGAAUGGUUCCUACCGACCCUCUUACGAGGUGAUGCUGCGGUUCUACAGUCUGUACAAGCAGGCCGUGUGUGGACCGUGUCAAGUCCCCCGUCCCGCCUUCUGGGAUCCAGUGGGUCGAUACAAAUGGGACGCGUGGAGCCGCCUGGGGGAGAUGAGUCGAGAUGCAGCCAUGGCAGCGUACGUGGAGGAGAUGAAGAAAGUGGCUCAGGAGGUCAUUGACACCAUGCCGAUGAAUGAGACCACGGCGUCGCUCUUCCACCACUUUGAGCCUCUCUACCGGGUGAUCGAUGACAUGCCGAGACCUCCAGGAUCUCUGUUUUCAGUCAGAGCAGGUCCUGAUGGCAGUCCCGAUGGUCCAGCGGAGAUGGAAGUUCCAACUGGCUCCAACCAGAACGGCUCUCCAGAAGUUGUGGAGCUCCCAGCCAUGACGGCGAACGACGCAGGGGGAUCUGAGGGAUUCACACUGACCAGCGACUCGGAGAGUGAGAUCUUCUGUGACUCUGUGGACUCAGUGGAGCAGCUGAGCGGCACCAAGGUUCUGCUCGUCACAGCCAACGGCCACACGUCUCCGCCUGUUCAGAACCAGCACCUUCAUGGUCACGCAGAGGGAAGACGGGUAGGAGCCGGUCAGGGUGGAGAGGGAGCCGAGGACAGGAGGGGCCCGGGUCUGUCACGGAGGGGUCGGGGCUCUGGCCAAGACGGUUCUCACUACGGCUGGAGAGAACGUGGUGUUUCUCAAUCAGCUAUGAGGCGAGGGGGCCCUGGUGGUGGUGGUGGAGGACAGGGUGGAGGUGAUGGGUUUGAGGGCGGGGCAGAGAGGCAGGACACCCACCUGCAGCAGCAGAUCGCUCUGGCUCUGCAGAGGCUCAGGCAGGACAUGAGGAGUGUGAUGGAGCGGCUGGAGGCGGUGGAGAAGCUCGCCACAUCCCAGGCACACGGCGCUGAGUGGAGGACAUGUGUUCAUUGCUCCAACGCUGCGUCACAGCAGGAGGAAUCGUGGUGGCCGUUGGACGUGUCGCCUCACACCGUGCUGCUCUUCCUGCUGUGGCCGUUUGUGGCUCAGGGCCUGGUCCACCUGCUGAAAAAAGCCCACCAGAGGAGCCGCACAUCGUCAUGAGACGAACAGAAGAGGUUCCACAUCUCUGCUGUUCUACGGAAGGACAUCAGGACCGGAUCCUGAUCGGGUCUUGACACCUGAAGAUGGACCUCAUUGGUCUGAUGUGACAUUCGAUAUAUCUUCAUGAAAAGGAGGAGUUUGUCUGAGUGAAUGAAUGACUCGGAGUAUGAUUGUAUGAUAAUGUUUGGAAAUCCUCUGUGAAGAUGCAGAAAGCCACCAGCAGGUGGCAGCACUUUCACCAUAGAAUAGAUAAUAAAGCAUCUCCUCACUGUUUGGU